GGAUGUCUUGGCCCUUGCUGAGGAGCUGAAGCAGGAGGAAGGACUCACCCCUGAAGAACUGGUGCAGAAACAACUCCUGGACUUGAAAGAGGAGGAAGGUGGGCCGGCAGCCCCGAGCCACAGUGCACCCGGAAUGGGCUCAAGUCCAUCUGAGUCCCACGCCGGCCAAGGUGCCCAGAGGCACGACCAAGACCGCCAUCGAGGGGUCAGUGAUGAAGCCUGCCCACCAGAGAUUGAUUUUGAGGCUCUUCAUAGGCCCAUCCGAGCAGACACUGGCCCAUUCGGGCCCAAAGUCUUUGUUCCCUCUCGAGGACGUCAGGAGGUCUCUCCAUUCCGGGCCGGACGGCCCUCCCCUCCCCAGGGUCAAAGGCGCACUGGCCCUCUACUGGGACCCAGGGAUGCGUCUCUUCUCAGAGAGGCGUCUCCUGUUCCGGAGGCCCGAGGGCCCAGGGACGCGUCCAGUGAGCACGAGGAGGCGCUCCACAGCCUGGCCUCCCUCUUGGCCUCUCCGCAGAGCCUGCCGCCUUGCCGGCUGUCCCAGAGUCCUGCCCCUGCCUCAGGCCUGGCCUCCCCUGGAGGUUGGGGGGCCAGGAGUGCUCCCCAGGCCCCCUCCCCUCAGAGAAGAGGCCCCAGCCCAGCUCCACCAGCCGCUCCCAAGUCGAGGAAGCGGGCUCUGUGUGGGCGCCCAGCCGCUGCUGAGAAGCUGCCCAUCCCCGGGGCUGGCCACGGGGUCUCUGUGAGGCCAGCCUUUGCUCUGGGGCUGGUUCGCCCCUCACAGCCGAGAAAGAGAAAGCGUGACCCGUUUGUCACAGGGAAGAGGAGGAAGAAGCAGAGGAAGCACUGCAGCCAGUAG